CUCAAACGCAACAUUCGCAACUUUGCGCAACAUUUUGCUUGUUUUCAUGUUCAUUGUUUUGCUUUAUUUUUUCCUAACGUUAACAGAGAUGUACUUAUUACUGACAUCUGAGAUGCAGAAGCACUUUUGAAUGAUAUUAGAUGACAGUCUUACAAACUCUGUAGAGCCGUGCAAGUCAAGACAGGUUGACCAUCAAUUCGAACUUUGCCCGAACUUGUUUGGACUGUGGCGCUACGAGUGCGUGGACUUCUUGGACGAAUCUGAUCAGCUUCAGCAUGCCAUCAUCUCCCAUAUCAUCCCCGCCCGCGGUGCAUUGAUGGAAUGCGUAGUGAAUUUCGGCCAUCCCCACCCCGCUGAAUCUAUCCCCAUCGCACGCUGUCUGGAAUGCAUCCAUACCCAUUUCACGGUUGGCAGUCAUGUUAUGACGCUAUUUCAUCCUUCGCCGCAGGAUCCCUGGAGCUGGUAUCCCGCCACCGUACUGGCUGGCUAUCCGUGGGUGUACGCCUUUGUGGAGAUUGACGUGGCUGGGCAGCGGGUGCGGGAGGUUGUGAGUGCGGGCCGCGUACGGACCACGACAGUCCACACACAGGAGGAACGCCAUGCCUUUAGGAAGGGACGGGUGAGGUUACCGGAGGAUCGGGAUUUGCGCGGUGUGACACAGAGGGAUGAGUUCUGGCCGCUGUGGAAUCGCAGAAGCGGGGCACUUGGUGCAGGGUGUCAGGGUGAUUGCCUGGAUUACUAUAGAACAGCGCGGGAUGACGAUGAAAAUAAAUGAAAAAUUUUUCAAUGUUGUAAAGGCUACUUGCAAUCCAUCCAGAAAUCACUCCGUAUGCCAGACGAACCAGCCCCCACCCAUCCCGGGAUACCAUCCGAACCUCACAUCAUCGAUGUGCUUCCGGAAAUAACAAUUUGCAUCUUCAACGAUUAUCUGAAGGCUGACGAUAACCUCCGUUCACGUCGUGUCUGUCGAUUCUGGAACCACGUCCUGACCUCCCGCCAAGCGUCGUCCCGUGUCCACAUCGCCUGUACCGACGACUGCGGAGAGAUUGAGUUGGCCACGCUGCUGUUCAAGAUGGUCACCAGUGCCACGCACAUUGUGCAUAUCACCGGAAAUGGAUUUCCCGCCCCACUGCGCACUCUCCCCGCCAUGCUCGCCGCCAUGAAGGUGAAGCUUCCAGUUAUCUCCGUGAAGAAUGUUUGUAUCAUGAUGGAGGACAUACUGGACUGCUCGCACGCCGAUGCGGUAUAUUUAAAUUCAUUGUGGCAGAGUGUGUGCGGCAAACUGAUGCUGGUGGGUGUGGGUUGGAAGGGGAAUGUGAAGAACCAGGAUGUAAAGAUGGCGGAUUCGCUGGUUAGCGGCAUGGUGGGUGAUGCGAAUACCGUGAGUACGUUACGAACUGUGCCGUUCCUGUGUAACGUUUAAUUGUGAAAAAACCCGGUUAAUACUCCUCCGCAAGAUUUUGUGAACGUUAUUUGAGAAAGUGCGAUUCACGCAAAUUGUCACGGAUGGUUUCCAGUAUGAUUGGUCAUGUUCAGGUUUUGUUAGUUGCUAAUGUACAUAUAAAUUGUUGGGUCUUUUUUACUUGUUAAUUUGAUCUCCUAUUGUUAUCUGGUGUGCGUUCGGGUGAGUCUUUUUUUCAUGCAGUGUAGCAUUGUGAAAAUAUGGAACCGGAAACAAUGCCGCGAAAUGAAUUGCAAUUCCUGUAAUUUCUUGUGUUUUUAGAAGUCCGAAAGAUUUUUUUUCGCCUACCGCGA